ACAACACAUGCGAUAUGAACAGCGUUAGGUUGAGAAAUGGUCAAUGAACUCGUUAGUGUGCAAAAUCCCUCGCUAGCAUAAUCGCUGUAUUGUAACAUUAGACGGUUCAAUAGUAAGCAUCUAUACAUGCAAUUAGAAAAUAUUCAGACUUGCCGCUGAGUAGAACGUACUAAAUAAAAAUGCUCUUCACAAACGUGCUCAGACAGCAGGUAGGCCCACUAGUACGUCAAAGUGCUAGCAAGUCCUCGCCCCGAUGCCACGUACAGGAGUUGAGCCCGAUCCCUGAAAGGAUUUGGCAGUCUCAUACACUGAACUUAUCCACGUUCGCGACUACCCCUGGUAUUUGUCGCGGUGCAACUCCCGUAGCUCCCACACCUACCAUGGCAAAUAAACGUCAAACGGUAUCACAAAUGCUGUAUCAUAAUGCACAGAAGUUUAAAAAUGCUAAACCCCGAGUGCGCGAACUCAUACUCGAAAACAGAGGUCCCUGCAGACGUGUAGGAGGGUCUUUCGAAAUACUCACACAAUACCAUGCGUCAACCGCAUUGAAGUCGAACAUGUCCAUGCCUCAGGGUCUGUAUGCCGGCUCGUAUGGUAAUGGGAAAAGGUGGUAUUGUAAAGCCAAUGAUAGAUCGGGAACAGCUGUUAGUGUGGGAGAGGGGUCGGCACAAUCCCUGGGUAAAAUAGAAGCACGGUUACAGAUACAGUUUACCUGUGGUCAGUGUAAGGAGCGCGUUACCAAGGACUUCAGCAAGCACUCGUAUGAGAAGGGGGUGGUGAUUAUUACCUGUCCUGGGUGCUCGAAUAGGCACUUGAUAGCGGACAACUUAGGUUGGUUCGCGGAUGUUGAGGGCAGGAAUAUCGAGGAGAUCAUGGCUAACAAAGGACAGAAAGUACAAAGGCUGACGAGCAAGAUCCAAUUUGACACACUCGAGGUGGAUCCAGAGGAUACCGAGAAGAUUAAGGAGAUGCAAACCAUCUUAAUGGGCACGGACCCCACUGAUGACCCUAUCAAUACAGAAACAGUCAGUAAGAAAGAAGGAAAGGAUGAGUAAACGAGUAGAGACACGACGAGUGCGCUGUUCAGAUGUGGCUGGAACCAGAUGAAAUAGUGAUUUAUCGUACAGGGGAUUUUACAUCAAUUGAAUAGUUUUUUUAAUUUACUCUCCAGAAAAGCUAUACAAAUAGGAUUCAAAGGUUUCAUCACAACAAGGGGAAGCUAUAGAGUUUGGUUUGAUACAAUUGUAUUGUUUGUUUAUUUUAAAUUAAUAUAAAUAAAAUCGAGUAGUUCCUAUAUUUGAAAAUAUAGCCCACUUCACAUCGUUCCCAUUGUUAUA